CCACGACACUUCAACAUAUUCUCAAUCAAAAAACACAAAUCUUUUUCUCUUCUCUCCUUAAACUUAUAAACGCCCACUCUUCCCCUCCCAAUCUCUCACAAAUCACCACCAAAAAAUUUCUCCCUCUCAGAAUCCCAACGCGCCGCCGCAUCCGCCACCGUCGCUUUCAGUUUCUCCUCCCCGCUCCGCCGCUCGCUCUCCUUCCGAUAGAUUUUACAUGGGUUUCUUAUCCGACUCUGUUUUUAGUUCAAUCGGAUAAAUCAAACCAGUUUAUCAUCAUCCUAUUCCUACCCAUCUCAAAUUCUCUCCUUCACCUUGUAAAUAGAGAUUUUUUUGAGCGAGAGGCGUGAGCAUAAUUAGUUACAGAGCUCUGUAUCCAUGGCAGAGGAUAAGAAAACAGGGAAAUCCAAGAUGAUUAUCGAUGAAAAAACUGACAAGAUUGGCAAAGGAAAAGAUGUUGAAAGUAGCUCCGAGAGACGGCAAUGGAAGCCAAUUUUAGACGAUGCUUUCUUGUCCAGAAGACCUCUCAAGAAAAUCUGCAGCCCAGAUUCAGAACACCACCAAAUUAACCCACUUUAUUCCUCUGUUUCGUUCCCCUCCCCUGUUUCUCCCCCUUCUUCAAGAAUCCCAUUUCCUUUCGAUUUCGAACCCACCACCCAAAAUUCUCAAGUCCCAAGAUCCGCUUCCCCUUUCCCGGGAUUUGGGUCGCCGGAGCAACAGAUGAUUUCGUUCAGUUCCAACCAGCAACAACCGGGCGGCGUCGGCUUUCCGCCGUACUUCCUUAGCGACGCGGCGGCGGCGGAGCAGCAGCGGCGGCUUUUCAAGUACUGGAGCGACGCGUUCCAUCUGAGUCCGAGAGGGAGAGCGAUGAUGAUGAGCCGAUUAGGCCCAGAUGGGAACCAUUUGUUUCGACCCCAAUUGCAGCCCAUAAGCGCCACCAAGCUAUACAGGGGAGUGCGGCAGCGGCAUUGGGGGAAAUGGGUGGCCGAAAUUCGCCUCCCUCGCAACAGGACUCGGCUCUGGCUCGGCACCUUUGACACCGCCGAGGACGCCGCCAUGGCUUACGAUCGCGAGGCCUUCAGAUUGCGGGGCGAAAAUGCGCGCCUCAAUUUUCCCGAUCGAUUCCUCAACAAGGACAAACCCAGAAAACCAGAGCCCUCCGCCGACCCAAACGCAGAAGCAGAAAGCACCGUUCUUCCGCCGCCGCCGCCGGAAGAGGAGAAACCGGAGGUGGUUUCGAGCGAGACGAACCCGCCGGAGAUGGUGUGGGGAGAAAUGGAGGAGGCUUGGUUCAACGCGAUUCCGGCGGGGUGGGGACCGGGCAGCCCGGUUUGGGAUCACUUGGACCCAACAAACAAUUUGGUUAUGCAAUCUCAAAUCCCUUUCGUUUCUUCAAAUCAGCAGCAGUUUUUUAACGACUGUGAUAAUGAUCAGAACAAGGAAGAGAAUUCAGAGUCGGCUUCGUCUUCCUCCUCUUCUGCUCCUCCCAUGAAGCUCUUCUUAUGGAAACAUGAAGAUUGAACCAAAUUUGACUCAAAUCACAGAAUAGGUAAUUUCAAAGGAAGAUCAGAUGAGACGACCCAUUUGGGAUUUCUUUUUUUGUUCUAAAUUUUUUGAGUCCAUUGAGUUGGUCGCAUGUUUUUUGAAGAUCAAUCCAAUGGAAGGGAUUAGGAUAUGUUAUGUAGUGUGAUUGUGGUUUUAGUGCAAUAUUGUAGAAUGUAAAGAACCAGCGAAGGAGGGGAUGAGACGUUUUUGGGAUCUCUCGCCUUGGUAGCUUGGUGCGUCGUCGUUUCAUCCAUCAAAGCCAUUCUUUUUGGGCUCUUAUGGUGGAAUUUAGUUUCCCUUUCUUUGUAUUCUAUAAUCAUAUUCUACGUUUUUUUUUU